CAAUCCUUCAACAAGACAACAAAGUACGCAUUAUCCAUAACAAAUGACAACUUCAGUUUAUCACCACAUGGUCCACAUCCGCUCUCUCCAACCAUUUUCAUUUCAACAGAGUAGUUGUCAUUCGAAGAUUUCGAGAGCUGAGUCAUGUAAGUACUACAUUGCAAAUGUAUCAAAAUCAAGAAACAUAAUGCAAUCUUGGGGAUAUAAAUAUACAUUAAUACCAAGUAGAGACAUGGGAUUUAGGAGUAACUGUAAAGUAGACUUAAGUAGUGAUGUUGAGAUGGGGGCUAAGUUGUAUUUAGGGAUGGAUUUCGGCACAUCUGGUGCAAGGUAUGCGAUUAUUGACAAGGAAGGGAUUAUAUAUUCCGAAGGCAAGAGAGAUUACCCUAUGUUUUUGAGUGGUGAUGCAGUUGAUUGGGUGCGAUCAUGGAAAACAACACUUUUUUCUCUUCUUGAAGAUAUACCGAUUACUCUACGUUCAUUUAUUAUUUCCAUCUCUAUUGACGGUACUUCUGCAACUACUCUGAUUUUAGACAGCAAAAAUGGAGAAGCUUUAGCAAGACCUUUACUGUAUAACGAGAGUUGUCCUGACGCUUUACCUAUUGUAAAAUCCAUUGCCCCUUCAAACCACACAGUAUGCUCGGGUUCUUCGACCUUAUGCAAGCUCGUUUCAUGGUGGACCUCGAGCCAUUCAACUAACGAGUCUGCAGUGCUAAUGCACCAAGCUGAUUGGCUAUUGUGGAUUCUUCAUGGUAAAAUUGGAGUGUCCGACUACAAUAACGCGUUAAAGGUUGGCUAUGAUCCUGAACUCGAGUCUUAUCCUUCGUGGCUGAAGUCCCAGCCAUAUUCACGUGUUCUGCCAACUGUCCAAGCUCCAGGAACUAUAAUUGGCACCCUUAAGGAGGAUAUAAGAACAAAAUUUGGUUUUCCUGAAGAUUGUGUUGUUUGCACUGGAACCACGGAUAGUAUAGCCGCGUUUCUUGCAGCCCGAGCUACUCAACCUGGAAAGGCGGUAACGUCGUUAGGUUCUACACUUGCAAUAAAACUAUUAAGCACUACGAGAAUUGAGGAUGCACGAUUUGGGGUGUAUAGCCAUCGUCUUGAUGACAAAUGGCUUGUUGGAGGGGCCUCAAACACUGGUGGAGCUGUUCUUCGGCAACUUUUUUCAGAUGAACAAUUGGAUAAUUUGAGUACACAAAUAAACCCAAUGGAGGCUUCAUCAUUAGACUAUUAUCCACUACCUACUGAGGGCGAGAGAUUUCCAAUAGCUGACCCCAAAAUGGUGCCAAGGUUGAGUCCUCGACCAGAAAGUGAUGUAGCAUACUUGCACGGAAUUCUUGAAUCCAUAGCACGCAUUGAGGCAAAAGGAUAUGCAUUGUUGAAGGAUUUAGGAGCGACCAAAGUGGAAGAAGUCUUUACAGCAGGCGGUGGAUCCAAAAAUGAUAAAUGGACAAAGAUUCGAGAGAGGGUGCUUGGUUUACCUGUGAGUCAAGCACUUCAAACAGAAGCGGCUUACGGGGCUGCUCUAUUGGCAUUGAAAGGAACCCAGUGAUGAUAAAAGUAUUAAACAAUAAAAUAUACAUUGUUAUUUUAUCUAAGUUAUAAGAUAGUACCGCAGAUGGUAAAGCAAAAAUUUCUAUCGGAAAGUUGUGCAUUGAAUGUUGCACAAUCAAAUACUACCGUAUAAAUUUAGCAAACUCGUACAGAAAGUCCUUUUAACCUUCA